GCGCGUACUUGUUUACUGCAGUCAAACCGGAUUGCUGUGUCAUGGAAAUGCUCCGCGGCUGCCAUUUAACGCAAAUGCAGCGUAACACUCUGCUCCAUGACGCUGGUCCAAGCACGUCCAGCCUAUUUUGGUGUUCGGUGAACCUGGUGUCAUCGUGAUUGGAUCUUUGCGUGGCUCUUUCCGGAAUGCAAGCCUUGGCUAGAAGUAGGAAGUAUAACACAGAGAUAAGUAUUGAGAUAUUGUCUGUCUACUUGUGUUGCUACACCAAUACAUGUGAUCAAAUAUUCAAUCAAGAGCAUUUUUUUUUUUUAAGCAUCGCACAAAAACAGAAAUAUAUUCUCACGGGAACAACUCGUCCACAUUUUCCUCCACCAAACACAGCAUGAAACCAUUACUGACACACUGUGGAUGCUCUCUUUAAUUUCCUGCAUGGAUGAGAUACAGAUCAAAGCUAGAAAUAAAAUGCCAAAAUGUGGCCUGGUGUUUUUGCCUGCUGAUUUUAACAAGACCAACUCUGAUGAUUUUGACGCCAUUUUACUCAUUCCCCUCAUGUUUUUUUAAUUUCUUUUAUAUAUCCCAACAAAAAUGAGGAUGAGUCAGUGCAGGUCACUUGCCCACAAUCCAGAUGGUCUGGUUACUCCGUUUUUUGCUUAGUGCUAAGUUGCUAACCGUGCAUCAUUUAUCGCAAAGGUUGCUUAUUUUUAUUUUUAUUUUUUUCCCCCAGGCUACAUUCCUAACAGUUUAAAAACCCAGCGCUCUUCCCAUUAUCGCUCUGACACGUGAGCUUCAAAUUUAAGAGCCCGCCAUGAGCGAUUAGCAUUUAGUGCACUUUAGCAUCCCAAAUGCACAUCCAAGCCUUUUAUCAAUGCCAUUAAAUGGAAAAUAUUAGCACAAGUGCUCAGGUGUGAUGAUGAGAUGUCCAUGUUUAGUUUGAUGGACUUUCAGGGCAAGUGUUUCGCUAGCAUCAAAUUGUCAGAAUGUUCGCUUGUGAACCGCACCACCACAAGAUGAAUCAUGAGCCCCCCUCCAUCAUUAAUAAUGUGACUCAACUCAGUUGGCAUCUCCCCCUGACCCUUCCUAACCUCAGACCUUCAAUACCUCCUCUGUUUGCACCCCCACUCCCUCGGGCUGUAGGAACUGGGUGGGACCAGUGGAUGUUGUCUUCCUGUUUUUCAUCCUAUCAGGAGAGGAGACUGUGGAAAAGGGGGAAGAAAAGUUUAAGGACAGCUGUGAUGCCAGGAAAGGGGGUGAUGGGUGGGUUGGUUGGGGGGGCGUAUGCCAGUCCCCAUCCAACUUGGUUCCAUGCUGUCCCAUUCCCAACUCUGAGACAAGGCCAGCUCCCGAGAACUGAAGUUGGCACGCGUUUAGAAGGAUUGAUCUUACCGCCAAUUACGGAAUACACGGAACUGGAUUGAUGCUGGUUUCACACUCGUUAAGGAUUCCUCACUUGAGGCAUGGAAGAAGCGGUGGUUCAUGCUUCGCAGUGGCCGUUUGACAGGCGACCCCGAUGUGCUGGAGUACUACAAGAAUGACCACGCCAAGAAGCCCAUUCGCGUCAUUGACCUGAACUUGUGCGAGCAGGUGGAUGCCGGGCUGACGUUCAACAAGAAGGACUUGGAGCACAGCUUCAUCUUUGACAUCAAGACCAUCGACCGGGUCUUCUACCUGGUGGCUGACACGGAGAAGGAGAUGAACACGUGGGUUCGCUGCAUCUGCGACAUCUGCGGCUUCAACCCCACCGAUGACGAGGCUGCCAAAGCUGGCCAGCACUCGGCCAUCGGCGGCCCGGUCGUGGACACGCCUCCGCACACGGCGCUCGGCAACGCGAUGGGCCCGGCGGCGGCGGCCGCGCUGACCGCCGUGCCGCCUCCCUACCAGCCGGUCAGUGUGCGGCAUCUGGACUCCCAAUCCAGCACGGAGGAGCCCCAGGAUUACUUGUGGCUGGUCAACUGUGAGAGCAAAAAGCCCGACGCCAACAGCUCGGUGCCGCUUCGCUCGUCUCUGGACGGAGACCGGGAGUAUUUGCUCCUGGAGGAGUGCGAGAGCAGGACUCUUCCUCCUCAGGCUAGUCUAGCCCACACCGAGUGCUCCAAGUCCACCUCCUCCGAGACGGACCUAAACGACAACCUCCCGUAUCACCGGACGCCCACGUCGUCCACGUCGUCGGCCAAGCACGGCUCGCAGAACGGCUUCUUCGCCGGGCCCCCGGCCCCCGCCUCCGCUUCGUCUCUGUACGACUCGCCGCCGUCGCGGGGCGCCUCCCUCCGGAGUGACAACGGCCUCUACCACCUCCCACGCAGCUACUCUCAGGACACCGUGCUUCUCCCCAAAUCGGCCUCGUCCCCCACGGCCCACCCGGACCUCGCCGGCGACGGGUCCGAGGUGUACGUCUUCAACACGCCUUCGCGGAAGGCCUCGGUGGAGUCGCAGAUCCGCAACCUGUCCAUCAGCUACGACAUCCCGCCCACGCCGGGGGCCAACGCCACCUACCAAGUCCCUCGCACCUUGUCUUCCUCGGAGGGGGGCGGGGACGUCUUACCCCCUCCCAGGCCACCCAAACCCGCUUCCGGACCGCCGCCACCCCCCGCCGAGCGCUCUCCAACAGACACUUACUACGUGCCGCGCUCGGCCUCGGAAACCGACGGCAACUACUGCGUGCCGACAAGUGGCGGGAAUAAAGCGUUACGCAGCAACACGAUCGCAACGGUCGACUGUUCGCGCCUACGCAAAGAUUUCGGUUCCCAGGACUGCUACGACAUUCCCAGAUCAUUCCCGUCAGACAAGAGCUGCUCAUUCGACUUCAACGAAAGUUUCAACAGCUACUUAAAAAACAAAGGCAUGGUACCCGUGGGCAGCCAGUCCUCCGAGGAGGUGGACCAGAACUACGUCCCCAUGAGCGCCAAUUCCCCGUCCCACCAUCACUCGGGCAGCUUUUCGGGCAGCUUUUCGGAGCCCGUUCACGAGACCAACUACGUCCCCAUGACGCCCAGCACCAUGGAGUUCUCCUCGCUGGGCAAGCAAGUGCCGCCGCCCGCCCACAUGGGCUUCCGCUCCAGUCCCAAGACGCCGCCGCGGAGGCCCAUGCCUAGCGACUGCCAGCCGCCGCCUGUGGACCGAAACCUUAAACCGGAUCGCAAAGGUCAGAGUCCGAAAGUAAUAAGGUCAAAGGGGGUCGGUUUAGAGCGAACCGACUCCCAAACUGUAGGCGAGUUCCCGCGGGGACGACGCAAGGGUAAACCCGCUCCCCUCGAGAUCAAACCACUGCCCGAAUGGGAGGAGCCCUGCACGCCGGUCCGCUCGCCCGUUACUCGCUCCUUUGCUCGGGAUCUCUCUAGGUUCCCCAUGCCCGCCCGGCCCCCGUCGGUGCAUAGCACCGCUUCCAGCACUGACUCCGAGGACAGUGAUGAGAAUUAUGUAGCCAUGCUCUCUAAUAUGAAGAACCAGUCAGAUGAACCAAGCACAAAGCUGGGCCCACCGAUGACGGUCGACGGCGGGAGUAGCCCCAUGGUGAAGCCUAAAGGAGACAAGCAGGUGGAGUACUUGGAUUUGGACCUGGACUCCGGCAAGUCCACUCCACCUCGGAAGAUGAAGAGCAACGGCUCCGGCAUGGCGGCAUCAGACGAGCGCGUGGACUACGUGGUCGUGGACCAGCAACGUACGCAAGCCCUCAAGAGCACCCGCGAGGCCUGGAACGACGGCCGCCAAUCCACCGAGACGGACACGGCAACCAAAGGAGCCAAGUGACCUUUUUUUUUUGUGCGUGCGCGUGGUCAUCACGACCGAACUCCUCGCCCUUCGCGGCAUUUCCGUAACCACUCCGCCAUCUUCUGGUUUUUGCACUGCCGGCGGGAUUUUGCGGAAGUCGGGGGAACGAGCGGACCGGCCACGAUCGUUGGUCAAUUCUUACUAGCAGGGUUUUCUGUCACCACUAGUUGAAAGACUCUCGUCGUAAACAGCGGCGGGGAAACGAUCGGCGUCAAAAAGACGGAACUUGUCAACCGGUGCUUCCGUUUGAGUUUCGAUGGCGGUCUGACUCCGUCGACGUGUAUAAAAAGUGUUAUGUAUAUACAUCGGAAGACGUGUUCUUUUGAUUUGUUCAGAAUAUUCAGCACGUUUGACUCGGAAGGUGCGCAGAUUCUGCAGGGUAGAAUCCUGCUGGUAUGGUGACGACGCACCCGUCCGUCGUCCAUCAUGGCGAUGAGCGGACGCAUUCACUGUGAGCUUUUACAACAUCGCCGACACUUUUUUUUUUUCCCCCUAUAAGUUAUGCGAAAGGUGACAAAUAAGUUCCGAGCGUCGAAAUCAGGUACGCGUACUAAUGACCUGUAAAAGUCAUCACUAAUUUAUUUGAGUGUCGUAUUCUCUGUACGUAGAAUGUUUCCACGGUCCAUUCGCCUCAUUUCUGACCCCUCUUCGGUUUAUUUCAGACUGGUUACUAUCGUCAGGGACACAAAAUGGCCUUACUAACCUGUGAAAUAUCCCAAAAGUGUGCUGUCUAAGCUGUACAUAUUUUUUUGCCAUUGAUGAAAUUUAACAUGUACCUUUUUUUUAGAAAACAAAAACGUGCCUACUAAAAAAAAAAAAAAAAAAAAACGCCUUCAUUGGAUUUUUUUGUUUCCCCCCCCGCAGUAUCUUUGUGAUUAUGGGAUGCCAAGUGGAUGACAUCCUUUUUUUAAUCUUGCAAGAAAAAUGUACAAAUUUCCAAGUGGACUAAAUAAAAUUCAAAGUCAA